AUGACAGAUGGCUGUGGCAUGACACCAUUAUCAUAUGCGGCAGAGCGUGGGCAUGAGGCGAUGGUAAACCUGCUCCUUGAGGCUGGACAGAUAAAUGUGGACGCCAAGGGCUACUGGGGAUGGACGCCAUUAUCCUAUGCCGCGCGACAUGGGAAUCAGGCAGUGGUCAAGCUGUUACUUGAAACUGAACGGGUGGAUGUGGACUCAAAGGACUACUGGGGUUGGACACCAUUAUCCUAUGCCGCACAAAAUGGGAGGGGGCCGGUGGUAAAGAUGUUACUGGAAACAAGACAAUUAGAUAUGGACGCAAAGGAUUACAAGGGGUUGACACCAUUAUCCUGCGCCGCAUGGAAUGGGCAUGAGGGUGUGGUGAGGCUCUUACUUGAGACUGGGCAGGUGAAUGUGAACGCAACGGACUCAGACGGUUCGGUACCAUUAUCCUUUGCUGCAGGGAAUGGGCAUGAGGCGGUGGUGAAGCUAUUGCUGGAGACAGGGCAGGUGGAUGUGGAUGCAAAGAACAACUGGGGUUUGACACCGUUAUCUUGCGCCGCAUGGAAUGGGCAUGAGACAGUGGUGAAUCUGUUACUUCAGACAGGGCAGGUGGAUAUAAAUGCAACGAACAGUUGGGGUUCGACAGCAUCUUCUUGUGCCGCUAGAAAUGGGCAUGAGGGUGUGGUGAGGCUAUUGCGUGAAACUGGGCAGGUGGAUGCGGACGCACCUGGUGACAAGCACUGA